AUGGGUCGAUGGCAGAAUGCGUUGCCAAAUACCAAUUCCGUGCGAGCUCAACUAUCCGACAUAUUAGUGGUAAAAGCGGGGUUUCUGCUGACGAAUGUGACGAACCGCAUCGUCGUUGUCACCAACCACUAUUUUUUGAUCGAGCGGACAACAAACACGUACAAACGCUAUGACAUCGACACGUUGGUGCCGUUUGGUCGCGACAGGCCAAUAUGCUGCCCACGUAUCCCGCGACCAGGCGACGAAGAGCGAAAUCGAACAAUUGUCGACUUCGUCGUGCCAAAUGAGCGACAGCUGUUGGUGCUGCUGCAAUGCGGCUACGUGAUUUACUACAACUGGGGAGUCGUGACUCCGUACCACCCGCAUGAGAAUGGGGCGCACCAGAGGCGUUGGAGGAGUAUCCCAGGGAUUGUUCAAGCAAGAGCCUUCCGGCGCUCUUCUAGGGGUACAAUCCAGGUCUUCGGGUUUUCCGAGAGGACGCGUAACGACGGAAAGAAGAUAUUGACUCCAGCAGUCUAUGACUUGGAAAAGAACUUCAACAAUAUGACUACCUGUCAGCAGGACAUGAGCAGUAUCGCUGAAUUACCCAAGGACUACUACGAUCUGCACGUGGUUGAUAGUGUUGGCAUCUACUCGCUGCAAAUCGAACAUCAAGCGAACAAAAAGAACAACUUACUAAGGAUCCCUGCGACUCGAUUGACUCAUCUCCAGCCCCCGCUAAUCAACCACAAAGUCGAGAAGAUGGUUGCGUGGCCGGUGGAUGAAUAUGGAUUUAGCUUGAUUGCCGCGAUCGGGCCGGCCCUGACGCUUCUGGUCUACCAACCUGAAUUUGAGAAGCUGACGGUCGUCAACGAACACUAUCCCCGUUACCCAUGCGUUGAUGUCACCUUCACGGGUGUCAAGCAGAAGGUUAACAAUGAAAAAUCAAUGCGCUCGCACAUCAAGGGAUAUAUAAUCCUGGCUACGGAGGGCGACGUCGAGGUUCUGGAGUUUUUUUUGGGUGGCCAACCAACUGGGAAGAUAUACGCUACUUCUCGAAUCAUAAUUGAGACCAUUGAUACUCCCGCACCAUCGCAUGUAAGCAUCGAAGUCGGGAUUGUUUCGAGAAACAUUUUUAAUGUCGGACCGCGGGUUUGCAGCAUCUAUGCUCCACUUAUGCUUGAAUUUUGUCAAAAAGGCAUUUUUUAUGUAUUUUACGUGGCGCGGAGCCCGACCAACGAACACGAUUACUUUAUCGGAAAGUUCGUAGUCGACGUCACCCAAUCGAUGGCACCACUCGGCUAUGACCACGAGCGCGUACCGUGUCCGGGAUUUUUCAAACCUGGGCAACAAUUUAAGCUGCUGCUCAAACGAAAUCCGGACAAUGAGCCCACUUUAGAAGUUUACUGUCCAAUCGCCGCGAACCCAACAAGAUUCAAGUUCGGGGUCUGGGAUCUAAAAAACGAUGGCUUCGAAUUUGUAAAAGAGGUGGCUGCGUUUGAGGCAAUUGAUGAUAGUGGGAAACUGUAUUCGCUCAGAUGGCAGGAUACGUAUUAUACGAUAAAAACACGAUUGGUUGACGCAAUGUUGCAAAGAGCGAGCGGAGUUAGUGAAGCGGAUGGUGCCCCAACGUACUUCUUCCACAAGAAAGAUGGGGAAUUUGGUUGGCUGUUGGCCAAAAAAUCGAAUGGCAACCCGAAUUUCUUCCCUGAUAAAUGCCUAACAGCCAGGGCGAAGCAUGUAAAAUUUGAGAAAUGGGCGCCGAUCUUACGG